UGUGUUUAAUUGGUGAGUGCUGAUCCAGAACAGGCGUAAUCAGAGCCGGGCUCGGGCUCACGUGGAGACGUGGCAUCUCCAGAGAGAUGAAAAAGCCGCCGUCUUGACAGAAGGUAAACCUGGAGUUUUCUUCAUUGCGAGAGUGACUUGGAGAGAAGACGGCAAUGAGAAGGAGUGGGAGGAAGGAGCGAGAGACGGCAGACAGCAGCGCGCCAAAGCUGGGAGAGAGAGAGGGAGCGACAGGAAGCGUGCAAGAGAAAUUUGGGCAGAAAAGCAGGGCGAGGGAGAGGAAGGCGGAGGCCUCACUGCGGGAGAGAGGCCAGCGGGGUGAAGAAGUGAGAGAGGCAGAGAAAACAAGAACAGGAACAGACUGGGAGAGGAAACUGGAGUCGGAGAGGGGGGCAGAGGGGUUAAAGAAGCAGAAGAAAGUUUGAGUGAGGAACAGAUGACAAAAGCGUGAAUGGAGAGACAGGCAAAACUUUAAGGAGUCGUCCUCUGUAGUGACUGGACUGAAUCCAACAUGUUCUCAGACACCAAGGAGCUGGGGCAGCAGACAGUGUUUCAACACAGUGCUGCUGCUGAGUACUGGUCCCAUAAUGCACUGAGGCUCCACAAGGAGACGGCGUAUGCGGGGCUGGGCAGCCAGACGGGAGACUGCUCAUCCCGGCUGGAUGGCGGGAAUAAAAUGAGCCUCACACAGCCGGAGGAAGUGCGGCAUGUUCUGGGAUGGAAAUGGACCGGAACCGACUACGAGGCACUGGAUCGUCAGAGGCGGCUCCGUUUGUCCACGGAGAGGCAAUGUGCUCCACCAGUCUGCAGCGGUCGGGGCUCGCUGAAGGAGCCCAACUUCAGAAGGUGGACCCAUUUUCCAGAAGCAGGCCUGAGGUGCAGUAUGUCAGUGAAGGAAAGCUGCAGACAAUGUGAGUGUGUGAGGCAGCAAAAUGCAGCAGCACUGCACCCCUUUAGAAGGAAGUUUGUGCUGCCCCCAACAGCACUGUUUGUGGGUCAAGGACACUGCAGAGAGCCCAAAUAUGUAGCUGAGAAACAGGUUUGGGGUGAUACAAGAGCAAAGUGUAAAAGGGACGUUUUUGAAGCUCAGCCUGAAUGUGAAGCAACUGACUUCUCACAUAGAUGUCGAGGUUCAGACUCGGCCUUUUCUCAUGGCCAAGAACACGCAGAAAAUCAUCACGACUUGGGAGGUGUGACUGGACCAAAAACUCACCAGGAGAAGGUCUCGAGUAAGGAACCAAAACUGGGCCCGGCUCUCAUCUGCUCGACCAAAGCCUGCCAGAGGCACCUGGGUUACGGUGGUCUGCACAGCCCGUGUUUGCCAGGUAAUGGCACCAAGUUUGUUCAGAGCAAAGCUGCCGGUGAGACACAGAUCCGGCGGGGGGCACUUUGGACUAGGAGCCAAGCGUCAGUCCGCGACCGAAUCCGACAGGUGGUUUCGGACCUGGAAGGGGUUCUGGGGGGCUUGAAACAAGUUCAUCUUGAGAUGAAGGAGGUGGUGCAACAGAUUGAGCUCCUGACCUCCAACAUUGACCUUAAGGAAGAGGAGCCCAGCAACUGCUUACCCAGCAACACCAGCUCCCGCAACGUCACAGUGUCCAGCCAAAAGAAAGUCAUUAAUCUGGAAUUGAACACGAACCCUGCACCGGUCUCUCUUACACACACUAUUCAUACAACCCCUCCAGCAAUCAAUCCUUCUGUCAUCAUAAAUCAAGCAGUACUGCCGUCGCCGUCCAAGGCUCCUCAUAAACAUAUGUCUGCUGUCUCUCCUGAAGAGAACCCUCAACUGGUGAUCCUACACAGAGACGAAAAACAAGAGCUCCAACGCUGGGGGGAUGGAUUGGGACCAGUGUCUCCUCUGCCCAUGUCACAGAAUCAGCAGGAGGAGGGCAGGCUUGUGCUUCCUAGGACUGUGUCUGGGAAGCAGAGGCCUCCAGUAUGUCCGCACAAUGGAACGCUCGAAGGAAAGAGUGCAGAGGCCCAUCCACCAGGAGUUCCCCCACACCCGGUUAAACGUAGGCAGCUUUCUACCACUGUCUGAGUGGCCAGCAUUCAGAAGCCAGGCCACAGAGCCAGUGAGCAGACUGUCACAGAGGCCUAAUCUACCGGAGGAGCGGCCAGUGAGUCUUAGCUGACAGGCAGCAUAAUGUGAGUAUCGACACACAGCCCUGCUCUGUGUGCCUCUAACACGGCCUAGUCGCUUACCAUUAGCCAGGCCGCACGGAGGCCUGCUUCUUAGCCUCUAACACGGCCUAGUCGCUUACCAUUAGCCAGGCCGCACGGAGGCCUGCUUCCUAGCCUCUACUCUAACACGGCCUAGUCGCUUACCAUUAGCCAGGCCGCACGGAGGCCUGCUUCUUAGCCUCUAACACGGCCUAGUCGCUUACCAUUAGCCAGGCCGCACGGAGGCCUGCUUCUUAGCCUCUAACACGGCCUAGUCGCUUACCAUUAGCCAGGCCGCACGGAGGCCUGCUUCUUAGCCUCUAACACGGCCUAGUCGCUUACCAUUAGCCAGGCCGCACGGAGGCCUGCUUCUUAGCCUCUAACACGGCCUAGUCGCUUACCAUUAGCCAGGCCGCACGGAGGCCUGCUUCUUAGCCUUGACGUGCAGGUGCUCACACACCAACAUAUUUAUACUGCUAGUAAGGAAAUGAGAACAGCGCCAUAGCAUCACCUCAUCUGCCUCCGCAUCACUGCAUUGAUUAAUGAAACCCUUCAAUGGAGCCCCAGCAGUAACUCUCUCUCAAUGCCGACUACCUCCCUCGCCUCGUGGGCGCUCACUCUGUGACAGCACGUCAUAUGCCGCAGUUCCAUAUGGGCACUAAGUGGUACCACGGGUUACAUAUUAGCCGUAUUGAUUACAAUUAAAAUCUUAACAAUUUAUUCUUUUUCUUUUAUGAAAUGAAACAACACCCGUGACAAAAGAGGUGCGUGACUAACUAAAUAACUAAAUAAUAACUAAAUAACUAAAUAACUGAAACUGUAGCUUCUUGUCUGUCCAGGAAGAAGAAAAUAAACAGUGGAAGAAUGCACCAGAGGACCAAAUUUGUCUUCCAGUAAAAGCGCGUCAGAAAUGAGUCAUUAAUGUUUUUCAGAUAAAUCUGCAAAGGAAGAUGUGGGUGAAGUUAGCAAAUGUUCAGCAGACAUACUGAAGAAUGGGGUCUGUGGCAGACGAUUGUACUCUAAAGCUUCUGGAUUUGAUGCGCGUUGCUCUGGUCCAUGAACUGAUAAUGCUGUGAAAGAGGUUUUUAUACAUUAUAUAACACCAUUAUAUGGGGGGAAAAAAUUAUUCCAAGUUAUGAAUUACACUUGAAAAUUAAGGAUAUUUAUAUCCCUGUGAGUAUAAAAUGCCACCAAUAAACACCACCAAAGUACACUGGGAAUUUUUGUUAAUUAAAAAAGUUUCAUACUUAGAAGCCACUUGAAAAAUUAAGAUUUAGAUGAAUCAAAUGCUCCAAAGAUUACGCUGAAAGGGAGAAGCGAGCAGUGGGGUGAGCGGAGACCCACAGCGCUCUCGAUUUCGACUACCUCUUCUCACUCGAGGUUCUCUUACUUUAAAUGUCAGCACCGAGCACAAUAGCCAGCUCUCCGCGUGCUUAGAAUGGUCCCACGGCUUUCAUAUACAUCCCACAAUGAUCUUGGUUCGAAUGCAUGUUGUCAUAAUAUUUCCGUUACGGACUUCGCCGCUCAGAACGACAGAACAGGUGUGCGGCUAAACCAAGCCCAAAUGCCGGCAUUGUGCUUCUCUGCAUUGUUGGCUGUUUGUUUUCUUAAACUGUGCUCAGAAUAACGUGGAAAGCAACACGGCUUGCAAAUAAUAGCCGCUGAAUGGCAAGGCUGGCCGGUCCAGAUGCAGCUUGAGCGGCUCCGUGGUGAAAUACGGCUGGUGGAAAAGGUGGAGAGAGAGGAUUAGACCUCGUCCAGAGGAGCCCGUGACCUCGGUGUAAAGACCUGCUGUGCUGGGGGCAGCUGGCUGUGACUGUGAACAUUUAUUUCUAAAUAAUUCCAGGAAGUGCAAUAACAUUUUUCUUCCCACACAAAACAUUCAGUGAUUAGCUGGACAUGAAAACAUAAGCUUAUAAAAACAUUUCAGGGAGUGUAACUAAAAGCUGUGUAUUACUUCGGUUAGUUUUGCUUCAAACAGCCGUACAAAUAUGUAUUUUUAAUACUGUCAUAUCUUUGCUGAGGAAUUUUCAUUAGCAUUUUAAUUAAAAUUUUACAAGUAAAAGAAAAUGGAUAAGUCACAUACUGAAAAAAAAUGUUCAGCAUGAAAGACUGAUAUUAUUAAAGGAAUUUAUCGCA